CGUCAUUCUUCAGCUCCCCCAUCUUACUCUUCGAAUUUUCCAGUGGCAGUGGUGGCCAUGGGCGAUGGGCAGACGCUGAGGUCUAUAUCGGCGGACAAUGUCUUUUCAACCAAAUGAACCGGUGCCCGUUCCGGCUCAAUCCUCCCUAUCCUUCACCCAAGGUUUCCUGCUUGGGCAGCUGUCGGUGGUGCUGCUGAUCGGAGCCUUCAUCAAGUUCUUCAUUUUCGGCGAAGCACCUCCGCCGCCCUCACGCGGUCUUUCUCACCGCGCCUCGACCCACCGGCGCUCCAAUUCGAUCUAUACCAUCAAUCCGAACGAUGCCAACUCCCGCUCGUUGAGGGAGAAACCGUCGAACUCGAACGUCCUCCGUCCGGUGCCCUCCUCCUCGACGAAUACCCGGUCUAUCCUCCGCAAGACCUACUACAGCGCCAUUCCGACCAAUUCCGUCAAGCAUGGCAGACAUAAGAUCCCUCACUCAUCGCAUCAGCCCGAGUCGCUGGACUGGUUCAAUGUGCUGAUUGCGCAGACGAUUGCUCAGUACAGACAAACUGCGUACUCGUUGAAGGACUCUCCGACGUCAUCGAUCCUCAGCUCGCUCAAUGCGGCACUCAACAACCCGGAGAAGAAACCUUCGUUCAUCGACAAGAUCAACGUGACGGAUAUUUCGCUUGGUGAGGAAUUUCCCAUCUUCAGCAACUGCCGCAUCAUCGCCGUCGAUGACCCCAACUCGGACGGUGGGAGACUCCAAGCAUUGAUGGACGUCGAUCUGAGCGACGACAACCUGUCCAUUGCCAUCGAGACGUCCUUGCUGCUCAACUACCCCAAGCCGUGCUCGGCGAUCCUCCCUGUGGCUCUGUCUGUUUCUGUUGUGCGGUUUUCGGGGACGCUUUGCAUCUCUCUUGUUCCCGCGUCCACCCCUCCCCUCCACACCCCGUCUCCAUCCCCGUCUCCCCCCACCGCUGAUGGGAACUCGCGCGGAAAGACGUCCGGAGACGCCAACCCACCAGCGGCCGAUGAGGAGGAUAAUGGGCUGCCACCGAAGAGCAGUCCCAAGAGUAACGUCGCUUUCUCCUUCCUACCGGACUACCGGCUGGACCUCUCUGUGCGAUCCCUCAUCGGGUCCCGCAGUAGGCUCCAGGACGUGCCCAAGGUCGCCCAACUCGUAGAAGCUCGUGUCCAUGCCUGGUUCGAGGAGCGGGUGGUCGAGCCCCGAGUGCAAGUAGUCGGAUUGCCCGACCUCUGGCCUCGAAUGGGCCGAACCGGCGUCCGCACCGGCGAAGAAUCGGAAACCGGCUCGAAUGCGGCCUCUCGAAGUGCCAUGUCUGCCGAUCUUGGAGACCAUCUAGGGGAUCGAGAACCCGAAGGACUCCGCUUCCGGGGAGGGCUUACCUCACGACCACAAUUCGACAGCGUGUCGCGAACCAGCAGCUACAACGUCGAGACGGGGGAUCUGCGCAGUCCCAGUCUGGUCCGGGAGGAGAGUUCGGGAGGACUCAGUGAUCAGUUCCAGAUGCCUGGGUCUUUGAGCGCGGCAGCUCGCUGAGCACAUAUCUUUGGCUACAUGUAACAUAGACGACUACGAUCUUUGAAACGUAUCCGACCUACAUAACGACGGAGUUAGGCAACCAUGGGAGUUGAAUAUUACCUUUGAG